AUGGAGGAAGUCGGUGGGUUCAGCUAUGAGGAGUGGUGCAAGAGGCGUGAAUGUGUCCCAGUUCCUACUGAGACCAUUGCUCCCAAGUCGUCCAUCUCUAAUCGUUCGACUACUCACAGUCAGAGCGCCGUGUCUGACCAAGACAAUGCUUACCGUUACGUUGCUAUGAGAGAGCCUGGCCCUCAAGACGCUGUUCCUGUUGCAUACGCACUUUACCCUCAGCCUGGCUACACUUACAUGUAUCCACCUCAGACAUUCGCAGCCAUGGCCGCACCUCCAGCUCCCGCGCCUGCUCCACCCACAGCUGUUGCUUCGGUACACUCCAAGCAGGAAGCAUCUCACUAUCGUCACUACGUUCGUGAGCGCGUGCACGAGAAGUCUGUCCGCCCUGCCUCCGAGCCUCCUACCAUCGAGGAAGCCGCACCUACCCAGUCUGCGCCUAAACCCAACAUGCCCGCCAUGGCUUACGGCGCAUUUACCUAUGGCAUGCCCGCCACCGCCAUCCCAGUCGCCUACGCCAUGCCAAACUACCCAGUCCCCGUCCAUACCGAAACCGCCAGCACAUCCUCUCCCAAGCCCAAGACCGAUCGCAUCUGGGUUGGCCGCACCAAGAAGCAAGUCGACGAAGACAAUGCCAAGAUUGCACAUAAGGAAGGUGUCUACAAGCCCAACGAAAUGGUUCCCAAGGCAGCUUCUCCCGACCAGCUGUUCUGGGUCAUUGAGCCUGAUGACUCCAACACUUUGCGCACUUUCCGCACUAUUGAGGAGGAUCUGCAGCCUGGCAAGUGGAAGGUCGAUCCUAGAUAUGGCAAUGCGUACUUUGUGCGUGAGAAGGAGAAGGCUAAGAAGUGA